UCAUGUGUACGUCACAGUUUAACUUUUCUCCCCUUUUACAAACCAAAACUAUGAAAUUUGUUUUUGCUAAUUUGAUGUCAAUGACUUUUGUUUUCAGUUUAGAUUGAGAAUGAAAAUACAGAACUAAUAUUCUUCAAAAAUUAGUUUUUAGGUAGCGUUUUAAUGUUUGUUGUUUGCUGACGAAGAUGUAUGUAAAGUUUGUUUUGCAUGCAAAGAAGUACCAUUAUUACCCACUGUGACAGAAUUAGUAUCUCAAGAUGGCUUCUGUGUUGAAACUGGUCAUAGUUUUCAGGAAAUCUGUAAUAAACUUUAAUGAAGUCAAAGAAAAUGCCCAAGAGUUUUUUGAAGCGUAUCAUAAAAGAAAUAAAUUAAAUUGUAUAGUUGAUAUAUUGGCUGUUCGGAAUGUUGAUGUGGAUUUGGUAUAUCAAGCAGAAUUAUAUGAGAUGGAUAUAUUAUUAGAUUAUUCAAAUUGUCCUAAAAUUCAUCCAGGUGAUCAGUUUAAAAAAAUAGGUAAAGAAUGGUGUGAUAUUAGUAAAAACAAACUGUCUCAUUUAUGGCUUAGACUUGCGGAUCGUUCCGCUUUGCAAAACAAGGGAAAACAAUCUCAUCCUGAUGUUGAUAUCACUGAAACUGCAUUUGGCACUCUACCUAGUAUGCAGCAUUUUAUGCAGCACUAUUUUUAUGAAACUAAAUCAAAAGAUAAAGAACUAAUGUGUACAUUCUUGCACAAUCAGAGAUUCUUUGCUUUAUAUGCUUGUUUGAAUCAUAAUAUGAAAAUGAAUUAUAAUAGAAAAAAAUCUGAAUGCAAGUAUGCAGGACAAACAUUUAAAUUUAUUGUGUAUUAUAAAUCAAUUAGCAAAGCAAUUAUCAAUGAUAUACCUAAUAAAGAAAUUGUACAAAUUUUUUUCAUUCUGAAAAAUUUUCCAUUUGUUUACUGUGAAAAGAAAAAUAGAAAAGAUGAUAAAGAAGAAAUUAAAGGAGGCUCAAAAGCUGUAAGUUUAGCUUCAGAUCAAGAAUAUCAAGAAAGGAAAUGGGAAAGGUCUUUGUUUUUUGGUUGUAAAUGCAAUAAUUCAUUUUGCGAUAUAACUGAGAUUGGCACAUGUCCAGUGUUUAAGAUAGUUUUAGCUAGAAAACACCGUGCUUAUGGUAUAAUAGAAAGAUUAAUUCAAAGAUGUGCUGGAAAUACACAUUUCUUCUACAGCAAAGUGGAAACUGAGAUACCCAUGAGAAAGCUGGAUGAUUUUAAGACUUUUCCUUAUAACAGAAAAUUUGAUUCUAUAAUUGAUAGAAAUCUUGUUUCAGAUAAAGUUUUUGCUUGUCAGUUUGCAUGGGAAGUUCUUAAUAGUCUAUCAUUUGAGGUCCAGGACCAAAUCAUACUAAAAUAUCAUAAAGAUCCUGAAACAGAACACUGGAAAUUCAUUAGAGAAUAUUUAGUAAAAUGUAUGGAGAAUGUUGAUGCACUCGUUAGUGCACUAUACCACAUUAGUGAAUUUAUUGGCAGAAAUGAGGUAUUUACAUUUGAAGAGGCUCUAGUCAAAUGCUUUCGAUAUUUCCAAAAAAAUCCAUCUCGAUUUGAUCCACCAGAAGGAAUGUGUUUUGUUCGUCGUUUGAUUAUUACACCUUCGCGCCUGAUUUGCAUGCCUCCUUCAGAGCAUUUUGAUAACCGCAUCAUAAGAGAAUAUGGUCCUGAGCAUUUGUUGAGAGUUUCGAUUCAAGAUGAUAAUUUCUCAAAAUUAACAUUUGCAGUUCAAUAUCAUACUAGAAAGAAAGAUUUUAUGGACAGGGUAGCUCGGAACCUCUUAAAUAGGAGUAUUACAAUAGGACCGAGGCGCUAUGAAGUACUUGCAGCAUCUAGCAGUCAAUUAAGGGAGCAUGGAUUGUGGAUGUUUGCAGAGGAUCAUAAAGGAAAUACUGCUGAAAGCAUUCGAAAGUGGAUGGGAGAUUUCAGUCGUAUUAGAAAUGUAGCCAAAUACAUGGCAAGAAUGGGACAAUGCUUCUCUACUUCUGAGGAAGCUGUGCAGAUAGAACUGAUUGAUGAUGAAGUAAUUAAUUUAGAUGAUAUCAGGAAUGAAAAUUAUGUAUUUUCUGAUGGAAUAGGGAUGAUUUCCAAAGAAUUAGCAGAUGAGGUGCGAAAAGCACUGAACACAAGAUUACUUAAUCGGGUUGAUGAUAGUAGACCUCACUAUAAACCAUCUGCUUUCCAAAUUCGGUUCAAAGGAUGUAAAGGCAUGGUAGCAGAGGAUCUCCGUUUACAAGGUCGUAAACUAGCUAUUCGGCCUAGCAUGGAAAAGUUUCCUUGUGAUACUUCAAACUUGUUGGAGAUUGUUAAAAUAAGUGCUCCUCGUGGAUUAUUUUUGAAUCGUCCAUUGAUAACAAUACUGGAACAGCUGGGAGUAGAAGCAAAUGUUUUUCUCAAAUUGCAAAUAGAAAUGGUUUUGGACAUGACUGACUCUCUCAUCUAUGAGAAAAAAGCUUGGAAAAUGAUGUCCAAUCUCACAACUCUGGAUUAUCCUUACAAGAAACUUCUCAAAGCUGGAAUCUGUCUCACACAAGAGCCAUUCUUUCGUUCUCUACUUUUGUCUGUAUACAAAGUUGCCAUAGAUCAGCUUCGUAAAAAAGCUCGUAUUGCUGUUCCUUCACAGUUUGGACGAAAUAUGCUUGGUGUAUUAGAUGAAACAGGAACAUUAGAAUAUGGACAAGUAUUUGUACAGUACUCCGAAGAAUUGGGAAACAUACAUUCUUCUACAACUAUAUUGGAACGCACAGUUGUUGUCACAAAAAAUCCAUGCAUGCAUCCUGGGGAUGUGAGAAAAUUGGAAGCAGUUGAUGUCCCAGCUCUUCAUCAUAUCAAAGAUUGCAUAGUUUUUCCUGCCAAAGGGAAAAGACCUCACCCUGAUGAAAUGGCAGGAUCAGAUUUAGAUGGAGAUGAAUAUGUUGUGAUAUGGUAUGAUGAUUUGGUAUUUCCAGAAAAAAAUUAUCCUCCAAUGGAUUAUCCACCAAAUCCAGAAAUUAAGCAUUCAGGUUCAAUACAGGUACCUGAUAUGAUUGAUUUUCUUUGUAUGUAUAUCCAAAAUGACAAUAUUGGUGUGUUGGCUAAUGCCCAUUUAGCUUGGGCUGAUGUCCAUUAUCAAGGUAUCUUCUCAGAAGUCUGCAUGAACAUAGCCAAAAAGUAUCCAUUAGUCUUGGAUUUUGCUAAGUCUGGAUACACUUGUUAUUUGAAAUCUGGAGAGAAGCCGAAGUUGUAUCCAGAUUUUAUGGAAAAAGGGGCGGCCAACAAUAGCUACAAGUCGAAGAAAGCUUUGGGCUACCUCUAUAGAGUCGUCAGAAAUCUGGAAGCGUGUGUCAGCAAAGUGGAUGUUGCCAAUCUGGAACACAAAGUGGAUGAAACAUUGGUCUAUUCAGGAUGGGAACAUUACAAAGACUCUGCUGAGUACCAUAGACGUGAGUACACGAAAAGGAUAAAGAAUAUAUUAAAGAAAUAUGGCUUGCAAAGUGAAUCAGAGGUUCUUACUGGAUAUGUUGGUAAAAUGAAUGAUUACACCGUGAAUCGUUAUGAAAGAGAUAACGCCCUUUCUAUUGCCAGAACUUACAUUAUAGACGCUAUCAAACGAUUCAGAAUGGAAUUUUAUAAGGCUUUCGAUAUAGAAUUCCGUACAAAUAACAUAAAAGGAAGUGAAUUACAGAAAAUUAAAUAUCGGCGUGCUUCUGCUUGGUAUAUUGUUACUUACAGUGACAAGGAGUCGCCGGUGCUUAGUUUCCCAUGGAUCCUUCAUGAUCUGCUAUGUGAAAUAAGAGAAAAAAAUCUUAAAGCUCCUAUACCCGUGCCCAGAAGUUCUUUCAUUGAAUCUUCAGACGAAGAAUUGUUGCAGAUGCGCGAUGAAGAUCAUGUUGGAACAUGCUACUGUGUUGCGGUGUUGUACAAGCACGUUCAAGACUGGAUGGCAAAAUCGAGCCUGAACUUAACAAUAUCUUCUGGCGAUUCUUUCUGUCGCACUUGUUUCUACCGAAUUGUUACUAAUUUCAUGAAAACGUGUAAACCUCAGUGUUGCUACUUCAAGAAAAAAGCUUGCCAAUGUGAUGAUUCUUGUUCGCCAACGAAGCUAAUCCUAGAGUUUUUGAAGUUCUAUUCUGCAGAAAUAUGUCCAGAAGUAGGCCUUUGCUCUGGUUAUACACCAACAGGUAUAUGCAAUGGCUUUCGCGAAUUGAAUUUACAAUCAGUUGCUCUCAGAACUUAUGCAUCUUUGGCCAUAACAAAAGAUAUAAGGUGUUUGAGCAUAAAUGAAAAUGUGGCCUCAUCGUUGGAUGAUAAUCCUUUUGAAGAAGGCGAUCCGAUUAGAGUAUCUGUUUCCAGAGAUUUUGAGCUUCUGUUCACUGAGCAUAAUGAAGAAGUGAAAGCUCAACUGAAAGCUCUGUGUGGGGUAAAAGAUAUAUUUAUAUCAGCUGAUAAAGAUGGUCAAGGGAAUUGGUUCAUAUUGGUACAGUCCAUUGGAAAAGGAUGGCAAAGAUGGAAUUUAGAAGAGCUUAUUAUGGAUGAGGACAUAGUUCGAAUAUUAAAAUCGCAAAUAAAUAAUGAUUCGUAAUUUCACACUGGUGCUUAUUUUUUAUAUGAAUUUUAAAAUUGUUAUUUAAUGCAGUUCUGACGAAAAUGUAGUGACAUUUCAAAAUGUGCCUCUGGAUGUAAAGUUUUUAGUUUAUCUGGACAUUUAAAAGGAAAAGAAAACUCGUCAAUGUCACUAUCUGCAUAUGUAAUUGAAUGCUUGUCUGUGAUCAUUAUUAAAACUCUGAGGCCUUUUCCUUAUUUUUUAUACUUAUUAUUUACAAGCAGAAAUGAAAAGCCCGCAAUAACCAAAGUCAUAUGGGCAAUUUUAUUCUCAUUAUGUAUAAAUCAAUUUUAGCUUACUGUGAUGUUGAACUGUUGAUGACAAUGGAACAAAUAAUUUUCCAAGCUGUCUUAAUAUUUACAGUUUUUACUAUCGAAUUUUAUUGACCUGUUAUAAUGAAUGGAGACUAUAAUUGUUGGACUUUUACAUAAUGAUGUCUAGAAGUUUGUAGUAAAAAUGUGCCUCUUUGUUAUUUAUAUAUUUUUAAACAAGCAAAAGUAUGCUGGUGCCUUUUAUAAUGUGUAUUUUGUUGUUGUUAAUGUAUGUUUUGUUUGAAUUUUUAUAUGUGUAUUCUGUAGAUUUCAGUACAUGUCUUUAAAUAGAUGGGAAACAUUACAACAAAAUGCACUGAAAAUGGCUUAAAUGAUCUAAUAUAUUUUAUGAAAAAGAUUUAUCUCUUUUUAUGAUUUUUUUUAUUGAAAAAUAUGAGCAUAAUUAGUUAUAAUCAUAUGAAUAAUAAUAUUAGUCUUAUGUAUAAUAGGCAUUUUAGAAUUCAGAAAUGUUUUUUUUUGUUUAUUUCUGUUAAUUAAUUGUAAUAUGUGAUUUUUUUUUAUCUAUCUGUAUAAUCUAUUAAAUAUCUGAAAAUACAAAGAAUACCUGAUAAAUUUGUUAUAUUUUUUUCAAUCUAAAACGAUUUUUAUCAUUUUAUUUUAUUAUUCUAUACGAAAUUUAUUACUGCUUUGAGGUUCUAAUCCUUGUUUAUGCUAUAUUUAUUUCCGGAAAUAUAUAUAUUUUUUUCAGAUAAAAGUUUUGAAAAAUCAGAAUUUAUCCCCCCCCCCUGAAAACCUUUUGAUUGAUAAUCAUUUAAAUUAUGUAAUCUACUGAUUUAAAAAUUUCAUAAUUAAUUUCUUCUAAUUCAGUAACUUGGAUUUAAGAGUGAAGUAACAAUGAAAUUUGAUUUUCGGAAUUAAAUUUAUUGAAUUGUUUUUUCUGAAAGUUUUGAUUUAUUGCAUCCCAGUGCAAAGUUUGUCUUUGUUUGCAAAUUGUUUGUGUGUAAUAAGUGCCUUGUUAUUGAGAGA